AUGCCGCCCCCGCCACCGCCCCCUCCUCCGCCGCCGCCGCCGCCGGCUAACGACGGCGCAUCCAGCGCCAGCGUUGGCGGUGCAGCAGCAGCCGUGUUUGCAGAGAUCUGCCAAGGCGGCGACAACAUCACUGCGCGGCUGCGUCACGUCACGGAUGAUCAAAAGACAUACAAGCAGAACAUUCAGCACGGUGAAAUCGACAUGAGUGAGCUGGAGCGCAAAAAAGCGGCCGCCGAAGAACGACGACUUGCACAGAAGCAAAAUGAACGCACCUCCGGAGAGGGGGCCGUGCAGACGCCGGUGUUGGCGUUGGAGGGGGACAAACGGUGGAUCGUCAGGUACCAAGCCGGCAGUCCAGCAGAGCAGCUGCCGUUGGUGCUUGACAAGGCAGAGAUGCGCCAUGCCGUCCGUAUCGAGAAUUGCCAGCAUGCUUACAUCACCAUCACCAACAAGGUGAAUUCCGUGAGCAUCGUCAACUGUGCCAAGGUGCAGGUGGCUCUGCAAACGAUUGUCUCCUCUCUCGAGGUACUCAGCUGCGCUGACGUUGAUGUCCAAGUGACGCAGGCAGCGCCAACUAUCGACAUCGAGCGUUCUACCAGUGUGAAUGUGUACCUACUGGACCACGAGCAGGCUCGCAAGACGGAGAUCGUCACGGCGUGCAGCUCCACCGUCAACGUUCUCUUCCCCUCAGAAAAGGAUGGCGAUAUUGUCGAGUGCGCCAUUCCGGAGCAGUUCGUCACGCGCCUCGUGUCAGACGGCAAGGGGGGCGACAAGGUCUGCACGAAGCCAUGCGACUCUUUCUAA